AUGGAUGGUAGUCCCAAUCAUCCCAUCAAAUGGGGGACGUAUCGAGAGGGUGUCCGGUCCCAGCUGCCAAAAUUUGAAUCCCUGCCACAGGAUGAUCUCAUGUUAAUGCAGUCCUAUCAAGCUGUCCUUGACAACGAUGAGACUUUCACCCAAUAUUUCUCAGACGAGCCACUUGAAAGUUACAUGAUCGAGACACGUCUGAGGAAAACAUUGGGCAUUUGUUCUCCCUCUUCGUCGGACUCUGGGCCGUCUAGAAGUGAAAACGAUGCAUCCAUUAGCUGGGUCAACAUUUUCCGACACGGCAGUUUCGAAAAGCAAGGUGACGGCUCGUACUACUGUUACGAUCAAGGAAACCUCGUUCAGAUUGAUGAGUCUCUUCACAAAAGCAUCCUUCUCAACCGAUGCUUCCUCCCGGCAAACUCCUACCAGUGGCCAAGUCCCUCUGACGCCGAGAGGGAGUCCAAAAUCACUUUGGCCAUCGAGGCAGACGUCUUGGAAGAACUUGACAAAAAAAUCAAAUACGUGGAGAAACUGAAGCGUCUUCAGCUGGCACUGAAGAAACGCCGAGCUAAGCUUCAAGGUAUUGGAGACCCCAUGAAAAGGUCCCGUACGCCGCAAACCCCCGGUAUCCAGCACCCUACCCCGAACGAGUCACGUCGUCCCGCGAUCUCUGUCGAGUCACACUUCACCCGUGCACGCAGUUCAUCCGAAAGCUCGGGUGUCUCAAGUGGAUCCGACAUCCCUUUCACCGUCCCUGUCUCAAAAGAAGUAUCUUUUGACAGUGACAGUGAUGAUCAUGAUGAUGUGUUUGACAAACCACGCCAACAAGAGCAUUCAAAUCCCACAAAUCUCGUCGCUGACAGCAAUCGGAAGCCAUUUGAUAACGAAAUGGGAGUAUCGGUCUCUGGACUCCUCGGCAAAAGAAAGCCCGAGGUUGCACAAAGCCGGGAUGGUACACAACAGUUCAAAGAAUUCCAAGGAGACGGGUCAGCGAAACACCAGCUCCAUGGUAGCUCGGACUUGAUGCAACCGCCUCUGAAAAAGCCAAAGAUUGAGACUGCCCCGUCCCCAACAAAUAUCCAAGCCAACGACCUUGGUGAAGAACUGCCAAUGUGGAAAGAAGAGGUCGAUACACCUAUCAAACCGCAGCCCCCAUCUUCUACCACAGGAAAGCGACGCAAAGGACAAAAGCGAACACGGAAUAACUUCACCGACUACGAGAAGCAACACGCCCCAGCCUGGUUCAAGAAGCAGGUAGACGCAGGAAAAACCCCGGCCGAUAUUGAGAUGGCCUACCAUACGAAGUUCGGUGUUUUCCACCGCUGGCUCACACUGAAGCUUUGGGUCGACCGGCUGGAGGAAAGGGCAGCUAAAGCUAAACCUCCAAGCAAAAUCGUGCCGAUUCGGGCGUUCCCAAUGAGCCGGAAAAUGCCACCACCCGUCGUCCCAAAACCCACUUAUGCCGCCGCCCCGCCCUAUUUAUCCCCAUACCCCAUAUUCCGGCCCUCCGGGCCUCAGGGCUCAUCCGUCAUGUACGAGCUUGAUUGGCCAUCCAAAACGGCUGGAUCACCGCCAAUCAAGAGUGGCCUUCCGAACGUUUACUGA